AGUCUUAUUCUGUCUUAUAGACAUAUAGUAAUGUCAAUGUCUGUGUCUACCAAUGAAUUAAAAAUAAAUAUGUGAUAAAUAAUUAUGAAGUAAUAUUAAUUAUUUGUAAUAAUCAAAAUUGAAUCAAGAUGGAAGUUGAAGGCGAAAUGGAGAAAGUUCGUCCCAAUAUUAGGAUAGAAAUUCAAAACGAAAAAAUGGAUGUAGAUGGAAAUGAAAAUGAGGAAGGAGAAAUAGUUGAAGAUGAUUUACCUCUGAACGCCAAGAAAGAUGUUCCUGAUAAUACCAAAAAUGUGCAAUCUGUUUCCAGGAGUAUUUUUACAACGGGAAUAAAUAUUUUCGAGGAAGGGGAACAAAAGAAAUUACAGAAGAGAGCUGAAAGAUUUGCAUUGAAACCUGAGGAAAUACAUAAUUUUACAGAUGCUGAUUUAGAAGAACUUUACGAAAGUUUGGGUAUUACCAGUCAAAAUGAUAUCAAUGUAAGAUUUGAUACAAUCCAUGUGCUGGGAGUUAAUGGAUUAAUAGCUGAAGAUGUUUUGGAGUAUUUUGCUAAGUAUGCUCCAUCAGGAAUAGAAUGGGUUGACGAAGAAAGUUGCAAUGUCACUUGGACGGAAACUAUUACAGCUGCAAGAGCUUUGUUUUAUGCAUCUAAAGCUGUUCAAGGCAUGCCAGCUCGUGAACCAGUUGAUACAUUUCCAAAAGAAUUCAUGGAUGAUGUUGAUGAACCUCAGGAAGGUACUGGACAGAGCAUUCUUCUUAAAAAUCGAAAAGUCGAAUUGAAAAUAGAUGACCCUCUAAUAUCCAAUAAAGUAAACUUGAAAAAUGCGGUCGAUAUAAGUGAAAUUAAAAUUCCAAUUCCACCAGGUUACUGGAGGUUAGGAGAGAAAUAUCAUAAAGCUAAGUGUUUACUAUUGCGAUUUUCUCUUAAAACUGAUAAAAAACCGUACAAAGUAGAAACUUUCCAUAAGUAUUAUAAAAAGCUGAGCACCAAAAAUAUCAUAUCUGACAGAAAGAAACAAGAAAUAAGGGGGAUUUUUGAAAGAAAUAAAGACUUCAAUCAAGAUAAAAACCCAUGGGGCUCAUUAGCCAAAAACUGGGACAAUGAUGCUAAAUUUCGAGAACGUGAACCAAAUCAUAUCGAUGAACCAAAAGUAGAAAUAAAAAAUCCCAGCCUUUUGGUGAGGCUUGGAAAAAAGAAAGAUGGUUCAGAAUCUGAAAAUGAUGUAGAAGUACUUGAGAAUGAUGAGAGUGGUCAGAAGAAGGCAAAAGUGGCAUUUCCACGUAUGAGAAUGUAUGCAGACGAAGAAGAAGAAAAAGUGAGAAGAAAAAAGCUGUUGCAGACAAUAAAGAAACAGACUGAAAAAAUAUCAAGGGAUGACAGGCAAGAAAGUGACUUGAGAAACAUUUUAUCUGUAACGAAUUAUACUGAACCGAUAGAGGUAAUUGAUUUAGUAGAGGAAGACCUUGGAAGUAAACUCAAAAACAGAUCGAAACAAAUGGUAUUCACCGUUGAAAGGAAUUUAGAAGACAUUGAUUCGUUUGACAGAAAAGAGAAUGUGAGAUCCGAUGUGAGGUCUCUUCUAGACCAUCGUAGAAACAGAUCUCUUUUACACAGGGAGAGAAUGUCUUCCCAUAGAUCUCCGGAGAGACGAAGAUCCCCAAAAUACCGUACGAGAAGUCCAUUGAAAAGAUAUGCUUCUCCUGCCAGAAGAUAUUCACGAGACAGGAUUAGAUCUGUUCACAGAAAGAGAACACCUGAAAGGACAUUGCAUAGUGAUCGCUUGAGCAGUCGACAUAAGAGGGCCAAGUCGGAUUAUUCAGAGGAUGAGAAGUACAGUGAAAAACCAAGAAGUAAGGUCGCAGUUGUCGUUAAAACACAGAAAAAACCAACAGUUGCUUCUACCAUUUGGUCGAGAGUUCAGCAUAACUCUGACAGUGGCACUUCUAGUGAUAGUGACAGUGAAAGUUCAGAAUCAAUAUCUGACAGCAGCAGUUCCAGUGAAGAUAGUGGAUCAGAGUCGGACUCGGAAAGUGAAUCGUCUUCAGAUACAGGAAGAAAAAGAAGAAAGAUAGAGAGGCCGGGUUUUAGUAGUAAUUCUGUUCCAAAAAUAAAUCAAAAGAGUCCUUUGAAAAUUACCAUGACAAACGAUCGUUUUCGAAGAUGACUGAGUUGUUGUUCGAGUGUUUUUUAACAAGUUUUUUCUUAGGACUUUAUGGGUAUUCUACAGUUGAAUACUUUGAUUAAUAUUGCUUUUUAAGUCAAUUUAUGUUUGGAGUAGCAACCUGGUGAAUAAAAAGUAUUCUUUUAAAAAUUA